UGGCGUCGUGCAGUUAUCCGGUUAGCUUGGACACAGGCAGUUUCUUAUCAAACGUUGUCGUUUCAAGUACAUAUUGAAGGAUUUUCCCCGUCUUAAUCACGAAGAGACAUACGUUUCUAUACAUACUGUCAAAGAUGUCGGUAAAACGCGUGUUUUCGCGGUCGCAAUGCUCUUUUCUUACCUAGACCAGGCUAGCCGUUAGCUCUCCUCAAUGACGUCAUCGGAGGCCGUGGAGGAGCUGCGGCCCGUUCCUCGCGAGCGCGCCACCCUGGAGAGCUUCUUCACGCAGCUCGGCAUGUUCUCCUUCGACCGAGCGAAGGACUACGUGGAGAAGGAGAAGGACGGCAGCAGGAGCGGUGGGGCCACGUGGACCGCGCUGCUCGCGGCUCUGGCUCACCUGGCCGCCGCGGAGAAGGUGUACCACCACAUGACGUUCCUCGGGCAGAAAAUGGGAGGCCAGAGCUUCUUCAGCCGUAAGGACUCCAUCCGAACCAUCUACACUUCUCUGUACAACGAGCUGAGGAAGGUGAUGACGACGGGGCGUCACAGCCAGCCCGGCUCCGCCUCCUACCUGGAGGACCUGCUGUCUCACCUGUCGGAGCAGCUCUGCCACUUCACGCAUGCGCGCACCGAGAUGGCCGACCUGUACGAGAAGAUGCACUCGCUGGGCAGCCAGAAGAGCAUCAACUCUGAGGAGCUGGUGACCACGCUGGAGGCCGUGCUGCACAAAUACAGCUCCAAGUUCCACCACCCGAUCCUGGGCCGGCUGGAGGAGGGCUUCCAGACAGAGGUGGACGUGGUGACCCAGCUGCUGCGCUGCCAGGUCCAGGUGUCCGAGUGGUGCUUCCUGCCGGCUCUGCUCAGCCUGCACGGCGCCGGCUCCAAGCUCACCGCCUGGGGCCAGCUGUUCCAGCGGCAGAAGGAGACCCGCAAGCACCUGUUCGGCGGCCAGUCGCAGAAGGCCGCGCAGCCGCCGCACCUGUACGCAUGGCUGCAGCACUUCCAGGCGGUGCUGCUCGCCAAGUUCAGCUUCUACUUCCACGAAGCCCUGAGCCGGCAGGCGGCGCCGGCGGACAUGCGGGCGCUGACCGCGCGCACCGCGCCGGACUACCACGGGAAGAUCUGCUCCUUCGUCCGCAAGCACGACGCCAGCAACGUGUCGCUGGUGUUCGACAACCGCGGCUCGGAGAGCUUCCAGGGCCACGGAUACCACCACCCGCACUCCUACCGGGAGGCGCCGAAGGGCGUGGAGCAGUUCCCCGCCGUGGUGUCGCUGCCGUCGGGCGAGCGGCCGCUGACGCACUGGCCCAACGUCAUCAUGAUGAUGGGCGACCGCGCCGCGGAGCUCAACGCCCUGGACAAGGUGGUGCACUUCUACGACGACAAGGUGCAGAGCACGUACUACCUGACGCGGCCCGAGCCGCACUUCACGCUGGUGGUCAUCUUCGACGGCAGGAAGUCCGAGAAGGACGUGCACAUCGCGGGCUUCCUGCAGGAGAUCUCCGGCUCGCUGCGGAACUCCAAACCCUUCAGCACCCUCAAGCCGGGGUCAAAAGGCUGAGGCGAACAAAACAAGUGCACCUCGAAUCACUUUGGUUUCCUCUUAUGUUGCGUUCCAGACCAGAGAGAUGCACCAACAAACUCUGCUCUAUUUAAAGUUCAUUUUAAUGUUCUGAAUGCGUUUGUAUUUUUAUUUGCUGCACAAUUUAAAUAAAGCUUUGAGAUGAUU